AUGAAAUUUGAUAGCCCAGCAGGAGUUCCUUUCCCAAUGUUUAUCACGUUAUUUUAUGUAAUUUACUUCGUUACUUAUGGAGUUAUGGGCUUAAACAAUGGAGUUGGUAGGACUCCCCCAAUGGGAUGGAAUAGUUGGAAUAAGUUUCUUUGUAAUAUUGAUGAGAAAUUAAUUAAAGACACCGCUGAUGCUUUAAUUAAACAUGGAUUAGCUGAUGUUGGUUACAAAUAUUUGAAUAUGGACGAUUGUUGGGAGGGUGAAAGAGAUGACGACGGAUAUAUUCAUGCUA